CUUUCGGUUUCAGAAGGUUUGGCAAGAUGGCGCGAAUUCCGUGUACUGUUUGUGUUCUAUGACAAUACAGUCUAUCCGAUAACCAUGGUUUACACUUUCAAAACAAGAUAACGUUAGUAACCUUUCAAUGUCCAAACAGAAUAACCAAUCCCUAUAAAUGGCCGUGCAAAUUUGAAGGAAAUUAUGUGACGCCGCCCGCAAACCAAGUCUCCAACUCAGGUAAGGGGGCUGGCCGCGUAGAACUUGUUUAAAACAUCACAGCCUGCCCUGCAACACGUUCGUCUUUCGACGGUAGACUUUCUGCGAGUUCGCCCUUUCCCGAAAGUGUGUUUAGGUCCACUGAGUCGCCGACGUUGAUAAGUGGUCAAAAUGCCUGGACAAGAAACUAACUCCCAGGCCGUCCCUGACCCACGUACAGCUGCUAAUGCACGAAGAAUUAUCUUCAUCACUUAUAUAAUCGCCAUGGUGGAUAUAACAUGUAUAUUCCUUCAAAUCUCCGUAACUCCCUACUUGGCAAAAAGGCUGGGAUUUGACACAAUCUGGUUUGGUUAUCUACAAACGAUGGUGGGUAUAAUUCAGCUGUUUGGAGGUCCUUUGUACGGCAGAUUUGGGGACCUGUUCGGGGCACGUGCGGCCUUCACGCUGUCCUCCGUGGCCUCCAUCGUCUUCUACGUCCUCCUUGGAUUGGCCAACAGCAUGCCCAUGCUCUUCAUCCAAAAGCUGCCCACUGUCUUCAUGCACACCCUUUCAGGAGCUCAAAUGGUGGUGGCGGACCUGACGGAGCCGGACCAGCGGGCCGACUCCCUGGCCAAGCUGGGCUUGUGCUUCGCCAUCGGAAUGAUUGCCGGGUCUUCCCUCGGGGGCACGCUCAGCACACGAUACGGGGACACCGUCACUGCGGGCGUGGCCGCCUGCGGGUGCUGCUUCAACCUGCUGCUAGUUUUGAACUUCAUCCCCAAACACACCAAGAAGCAGUCCAAUCAGGACCCUGCACCUAAGCCGGGCACCACAGCGUCUGUGUUUAACCUGGGGCAGAUCACACGGCUGGUGAGGUUUCCUGGUGUGAUGAGGAUCUUCACCAUCAAGAUCGUCUCUGGUCUGCCGGGGGGUAUCUUCCAGACGAUGUUCUCCAUCAUCGCCAUGAACUUCUUCCAGCUGCAGGCGGAGCAGACGGGUUACCUGAUGGCGUACUUCGGGGUGGUGCAGAUGGUUGUCCAGGGAGGGGUGAUCGGGUGGCUGACCAGGAGAUACUCCGAAAGUUCCCUUCUGCUCCUGACCAUUGGGAUCACCAGCCUAGUGGGCCUGGCUCAGGCGCUGAUGUCCAACGUGUUCCAGUUUUGCAUCAUCAUAGUUCCCAUGAUGUUCUCCCUGAGCGUGUUCAACGUCAUCACGGACAGCAUGCUGACCAAGAGCGUGCCGUCCUCAGACACAGGCACAAUGCUGGGGCUGUGUGCUUCCGAAAUGUCCCUGGUGCGGACCAUCGGACCCACCAUCGGGGGCUUCCUCUACCAGAACUACGGCGUGGCCUCCUUCGGGUUCGUCCAGUUCGCCGUCAACGUGGGGGUGUUCCUCUACAUGCUGGGCAGCAAUGUGGGACGCCCUGAAACCCACAAAAACUGAUCUCCUGGAGGGAAUGCACUUUAGACACGAUGAAUCUCCACAGAUUUUUAUCCAGCCUUAAUCACUUUGUGUCACGUUUAUUUUUGUACAUUGCAUUCAGAUGAAGUUAUUCACUUUUUAAAAAAAAUUUAAAACAUUUGCACCAAAUAACUAUAAACUUUGAAGAGGAUAAAAUUUUCUGUUAUCAGUUUGUUCAGUGUGAUUACGAAAAUGUUCAGGAAAAAAAUGUAGUUUUAGUAAAAUGUUCUUAAUUUAAAUUGUACCUAUAUUUCCACCUUCUGAAAACCAUUUUAAUUCUCUAAUAACCUGUGACUCCCCCUACACUUAAAUAUAUUCAUUCAUAGUAAGCAAGUAGGUUUAUGGAAAUAACACUAUUUUCUAUUAAAUGAUUGAAUUAAGAGCAGCAGUGACUUAAUAUUAAUUAAUCUGUUGGUGCUAUGUAAUUGAGGUGUAAUGUCUUAAUGACAUUACAGAAGUGAGAGGAGUUGCCAAUGUCAUUUACAUCAAGUGGAAAAAAUUAAAAGAAAGGAGCGGCGUUUGACUGAAGGUUAAAGGUCAGAGGUCACAGUCUUCCCUGAACUCCGGCUGCUUGGAUGGGCAUUCCCUUGGCACUGAUCCUGUAGCUGUGUGGUCAGGGACAGGUUUGAGGGAUCAUCGCUGGGGCCAUGCAGUUGUGCUGAUUCUCCGAUCUGCUCUGAUCUACACUGUAGAUGGAUACAGCUUCAGAGCUUCACUCCUGACACUCACACUUCAGGCAGUCAGUGGCUCUCUCUAGCAUGGUGCUUCAUAGAAAAGGGCCCAUAAUUUAAAAAGAUUUUGGGCUGAAAUGGGCCAUUACACGUGUGUAUGUGCUGUAUAUGUAUGUAUGCGUGUCUGGGCAUACGUAUGUGCAUGUGUGUGUGUGUGUGUACACAAAACUAAGAAUGUCUAUGAAAAAGAUGAGUAAAGAACAAUGCAGGUAAUGAGCUAUAUUGUAUGCUCAUGAGAGAAGUAUAUUCUUUUUUUCUAAUGCAUUAUGUUACAUUAAUACAAUUUCUGUGAAAAGAAUAUUUGUUUAAAAAGUCAUUUUGUUAUUCACACUCAUAAUUAUCCUUUUAAAUAUAAUCCAAGAAGUAAUAAAUCAGUUAAUCUUCAUUAA